UCAAGACUCCAGAUCACAAGCCCCCUUAUCGCAAGGCUCGAAAUCGCCAACCCCAACAUCUUCCAAAUCGCCAACCCGCACAUCUCAGGCACCCAAAUCACAAGGCUCCCAGUUGCCUCACCGUCUCACGGGUGUCACAUCAUACAAUCUGGUGGAUGAAAUUACCAUGGCGUUAAUGGAUAAAAAUGACACCGAUGUCAAACAGUAUGGGGACCCGUUCUUUUAUAAAGAAGAGCUAGGAGGGGAAGUAGCCUCGACGCUACAGGGGGAUGUGAAUAAGUUUAUACCCGAGUUGAAAAUGACAUUACAGGAAUACGACAGACUAGAGAAAGGGUUUUAUGGUCAUCUCAUGCGCCAGCAGUACGACUGCCGUAAUAGAGUUCGUGCUGGAAUCUCUGAAGAUGGAGGUUGGGAAGUGUGUAUGGACCCACCGUUUGCAAUUAAACCUGGCUCAUGUCUUGUGUAUUCUUUUGGAUUGGGCAAUGAAUGGUCCUUCGACAGAUAGGCUAUAUGUCAAAGAGCUGCACAGUGUAUGGAUUUGAGACAAGCAUCGGUCUAAAGCAAGAGUCCAAGGAGGUCGAACCAAAUAUGUGGUUUUACAACAUUGGACUCUUUCGUGAAAACAGAGUUGUCAAGUGGAAGAAUGGACAACAAUGGGCCCUCAAAACUCUUGGGACAGUAAGGCAGAUGCUG